CUUGGCAGUUUCCCGCCGAGAGGUUCAGGAAUCGGUACAGAGUGGUGCUCUUCCUGAGAGAGUGGUUUUAAACGGUGUUGGAGUUUUCAUCAAAUAUGGCAGAAUACUCAAUCGCUAUUUUGCGUUUUAUAUUUCUCGCAUCAGGACCAGUGACGUAUGCACUGGGAAAAAAUUACAAUGUCCUCAACAACUGCCAAGGCUCGCCGGUGGAUUUCGUGCCGGAUCUGGUCAAAGGACGGGCGACGAUAUCUCUACCAAUUUCUCUGUUGGAUUUACAGUUAAGUGUCGAAAUGAAAUACGUUGAGCGAGAUGGGAUUGCGGUUCUGCAGCUGAGCCCUGUUCUAAGAGAUGAGAGGAAAUGCGUCGACUAUCCUACGGGGAACAGGAAGUUGUGCUACGAGAAAUCCGAAGUCCAUUGGGGAAGGACGAACGAAGAGGGUUCAGACCAUUCUGUGGGAGGUUAUAAUUACCCGAUGGAAGUUCAACAUUACUUCCACCGAACUAACUCGACACAUUCCCUGAUACCUGUAGCUGUUGGAGUUUUAUUCCAAGAAAUGAGCAACGAUAGCUUGCCACACCGCCCAUCAGAUACGUCAGAGGGCGCCUUCUCCGAAAUACACGAGAAGUAUCCCUCUUUCAUGGAAGAAAAGAAGAGGUUAACUCUGGGAUUGGCGCGUUUGCUGCCUAGCCAAAUUGAAGAAAAGCCAUUUUAUCACUACAGGGGUCCUGUUACUGGACAGUGUGGCCCAGAGAUAGACUGGAUAGUGUUCGAGGACCCGCUUGAAGUUGUUCCAAGUUUCCUGUCAUUUCUGGGACUCCUCAACGGCAAGGACAACCUUAACCAUCACUUCCCACCAGUGUCACGAAAUGCGUGUUACUUGUAUUCACAUUACUCUGAAGAAACGGACAGGGAUGACUGCGGAUUUAAUGAAGCUGUGGCCAGAACGGUUACGUCAGGAAAUAAACCUGGAAAUUCGCCCGACAGUUUUCAGGGUAAAAGUGUAAAUGCAUCAUCAGAUCUUGCGACAGUUGAAACUGACAAAGCUGGGGUGUUGUCAUCUAAGUUUGGUGGCCAUGCGACAUCGCAGUUUGAUAGUGUAUCGACCCACUCAUUCGAUAGCAGAACCGUCAUAGCAAAAAUAGAAAACGUAGGGAUUAUUCCGAAGGAGACCACGCCACUACUGCCCCAGUCAGCAGAAUUUGGAGGAGGAAUCACAUUCGAGGAAACGCCACACCCUAUUCUCCCUAUUGCGUCGUCGACUGAAUCAGCCCAGCCUCCCAGGACGGAAGUGAAAUCAACAGUAAAUGAGAGACAUGUCCCUUCAAAUGAAACUUUUCAUACCACUUCGUCGUUACUGACCUCGACGAAACUAACGCAAGAGUUAGUAGAACCGACAUCAAUCGAACAACCUUUGCACUCCAGUGACAUUGGGGAAUUGGGAAGCCUGUCUACAUUCAUUUACUCGGUAACAUUGGAACACACUUCGUCUACUGUGGAGGAUGAUCAAGCAGAAACUUCUCCACAAGAGGGUAUAGAACCAGAACUCAUUACAGCACCGGAACAUUAUGUGAGAGGGAGACCUGGCGGCAGUGGAGCCUCGACGAGAAGGCUAACAUCAGAACUACCACUGUUUGUGUUCUUGAUAUCCCGGAUUUUGUUUUGGUAGGUUGCUUAAAUCGCUACUCCCAUCACGUCAGCCAAUUGGUGCCUCGAUUUAGUCGUUGGUUUUUACUGGUUUAUAUAUGCAUUAUGGGGCCAAAAAUUUUCUUGAUACCGUUGUCAACUUUAUCACUAAACCGUUUACACGGAAAUACAUAAUAAGAGGAUAUUUUAAACAUUCCAUAUAUGAGAACUCUUACUUCAACAUGGGAAAAUUGGUGGUUUAAGCAAGUUUCGAAAAUCAUAUUGCUGUAAUUUUCAUUCUAAAUAACUAUAUUUAAAAAGUUUUAAAAGACUAUAAUCGAAAUACUGAAGAACAUAAUAGUGUACUUGCUGUAUAUUUAUGUUCUCACUAUUCCUUAUCAGGGGAUUUAUUCAUAUGGUUUUCACACAGAAAACAGUUUUACUAUAAUUAAGGCUUUAUGGGAUGAAUGUUUAUUUUUAAUUAAGAACAUUAUGUAAAUCUGUUUUGUUGUUACUCUCCAACAAUAUAUUAUGCAGCCACAAA